AUGUCUCGUGCAAAGUACCUCAUUGGAAUGCGUAAACUGCAGCUAGGAACACAGCAGCCUAGGCUGGUCUAUCCGCGUCUCUUGGAAGAGCGUUCAUCCGAUGGAAGAAUGGUGAUGCAUUUGUACGAUAAUCUGACGCUUAAUUUGAGAAAGGCGUCGGUGGCGGCUCGAAACUUCCGAGUCCUGGAACACGAAGACGGACACGAAGUAACUCAUUUUUUCAACGGAGAAGACAUAGAAAGAAAUCUUCAUGAAGAUGAAAAGCAGUUUGCGACUGUUCACGUUAGAAGAAAAGAAUCUGGCAUAGAAGUUGAAGGUGUUGUGGGGCUGGAUCAAAGGAUUCAGCCAGUGCCCACAACGGAGAGGUCGGACGAUGGCCUGAUUCCUCACGUGAUAUACCAAAUCGAAAGAAAAGAAAUGCUUGACAUUGAGAUGGCACUGAAUACCAAGGAUGUUCUGACUCCUGAGGAAAGGAGGCAUGAAGCUCAAGACCUUCCAUCCCUAGUUAUUAUAGAACUCUUCAUAGUCUCCGACCGGCUGCAUCAUAAGCAUUUCACAACUACACACAUGUUAAUAGAAUACCUCUGCGUACAUACAAACUCUGUCAACAUGAGGUAUGCGGACACCAGCAAUCCAAGAGUGCGGUUCAUGCUCGUCGGAGUUGAACGGGACUCGUUUAGCACCUAUAGGAAAGGAUAUAGCAUCUACAUGGAAAGUUCCUCCACUCUUCAGGCGUUUCAGGUGUACGCUUAUGGCAAAAGACAGGAAUACGGUAACCCAGAUGUGACGUAUCUAAUGACCGGGUUUGACGUAUUCUCAAGGGACGCUAACAACAAAAUGAGUACCAGUGUUCUGGGUAUCGGCUACGUGGGCGGUCUAUGCACCAGGCAGUUUGUAGCCCUUGGCGAAGACAGUGGUCUCUACGACGGAAUGCACACGCUGACACACGAAGGGGCACACGUGCUCGGCGCGGCUCACGAUCAGAGCCAGCCAAAUCAGUGGAUACCAGGCGACCCGGGGUCGCUGAGUUGCCCCUGGAGUCGAGGAAACAUCAUGAGCUACGUCGACGGCGGGAUAAACCACCAUCGUUUCUCAGUAUGCAGCCUGAGACAAAUUCGACAUCUCGUAAUAAUGCGGGGUUGGAUGUGCUGGAAUGUAAGUAACACUGGGUACACGAAACAUGGCUGGUACCCCGGCAUGGAAGUAAGGCCGAACGAGUACUGCAAGAGCGUCUUUCCGGAUAAAAAUAACGUUUCCGCUGACAUGGAUUCUCCGGACGUGUCAAAAUGCAUGGUGAAAUGCCAAUACCCAGAGGUCCGCCAGACAUGCCGAUACCCACCCUGCUACACGUACACCACGAUACACAGCUCUAUCGUACAUGCACUGGACUACACGACCUGCGGAAAAGGCGAGGUUUGCAUCCGAGGUGUGUGCGGACGUAUUAAGGCUGACACUCCACAACAACCCCAUCGGCCAUCGAGAGUGCCUGCAAUACCCGCGACCCAAACACCACAAAUGACAACGACUACAACGAUGAUGACAACGAAGCCUACAGAAGCCCAUACGACUGAGUGCCGUUGCGACUGCAGCCCUACGGCGUCUACAGCACCUACACAGUACGGACCGCGUCUACCUCCUCCUACACCUACAUUAAUCUCUCAGAGGAACCGUCUCAGCCAGACGAAGUCGGGAAGGGAGAUCCUGAUAAGGGCGCGCAUUCCACCGCACUCGCAAAACAUGGACGAGGGGCUGGUAGAAAUACAAGAACCAGUCCGAAGGCAUAUCUCGAUCGCUCCAAUCCCUAGGAACAUGACCAAAGAACGACAUAAAGACAUUAGCAAGUGCUGGAGAUGA